AUGUGGUUCAUCUUCAUUUUCUCUCUGAUUUUUCCGUGUUUUGCGAAACAAAGUCUACCGCCAUUCCAUGAACUAGCCGGUCGAAAGUUCGAAGUCACCGAUACCCUUGAACCCGCUCAGAAAAUGAUUGAACUCUACACAAACGGUGCAAAUAUUUUCCACGAAUCAUUUGAAUCUGAUGGUUGUGCGGUUUUUCAAAAGAAAUCUUUGAUAAACGCAAAUGUUCUGAAAGUUUUUAAAUACACAAAAAGCAUGGUAUUUUUUGUGGAAUCCACAGAUCCUAAAUUCAAAUAUAGGAUUAAAUUGCAUUCAACUUUGGAUAGUUAUGGACGCCAUUUUAUUGCUAACGCUAGAACUUAUCAAUGUCGAGAAGAUUUGGCUGAACAAUAUCUUUUUGAUUUUGCAAAAAAACAUUUGAUAACUUUGAUAGCUAAGGAAUCACCAAUCCAUUAUUCCCGAUUUAAGUAUACUAAUUGUCAGAAUGGAACUUAUAAUCGAGAUGAAUUCCUUUCUGAAAUUGUUCCACGUUGGAUUAAUCUGGAACCUAUUGAGAUAACAGAUGUCCACAGAUUCACAGCAUUUAUUCGAGAUCUUCUUGACUAUAGCGCAGAUGAGAUUGCUAAAACUCCAAUUAAUAUCAACAGAAAUUACGUGCAAUAUUCAGCGAAUCUCGGAACACAUUUAAAAGUUCAAUUCGAGUUCGAAGAAGAUUUUGGGUUGUAUUUUUUGGGAAGGGAAUUUCCAUGCUAA